CAGAGCAGAAACUUUGUCUGAGUUGCCCAUCUUUUUAUUAUAUAUACAUGUAUAUAUCAUACAUCAUUCUUUUUUCUAAGCUAAAGUUAUACAUGUAGACUAUAUGCUUUUUUUUUUUUUUUCUUGUAGUCAUCAUCCGACCGGGCAUCAAUGCUCAAAUAGACCCGGAACCUUGCUUACUUGGGUUCUAUUAUUGUGUUCUUUGACCAUGUCAUCUUGUCUUGUCCUGACCGAUUUUCUUUUAUCCCUCCACGGAAUAAGAACCGUUUAUCUCUUCAUGUUCGUCAUUAAUUCUUUUUUGCAUCCUUUGCGGACCUUGAUCCAUUUAUGGUGUUUGAUCUUCAUUUCAGUUUAUCAGCAUCGUCUUUUUUUUUUCUUUUUUUUUUUUUUUCCCCCUCUCUUUUUUUUUCUGGGUUUUCCUGUUUCAUAUCAUUACUCUUACUCUUGGGGGCCUGUAUGUGAAGUAAGGUGGUCAUUAAUAGCCCGAUCUUGAGUAAAGUCGGUCAGGGAUCUGAUAAAGAAGAUUGGGCUUUCUCUUUCCCUCUCUUCUCUCUUUUUCCUCCCUUUGUCUUUGGCUGCGCUUCUCACGGCUCUUAAUUCACGCGUGUUUUCGGAAGAAGUAUGUGUGUAACAUGCAGUUCAUGUACACCUUGAGAAGUAUCCACAUUCAAUUCAAUAAUAUAUAUUUAUAUAUUUAUAUUUCUUUACUGAGACAGAAGCAUGCAGAUCAACCAACCUGUUAUCAACUAUAAAAUCCAACAAUAUAAUCCUUCAC